GUGGAAAAUUUUGGGUCCAAUUUCAGAUAUAUUCCAAACAUCGCAAUUUGAAUAUUGUUUAUCCCUUUGCUUUGAAAAUAUUGCGUUUAAAAACUCUCAUGGGAACAAAUACGACCAAGCCAUAUAAAAUACAGGAAGUUAAUGGCGUGGGACGGUUGGGUAUUACAGCUGUAGAUUUGAAAGAUCUAAAGAAGCAAGCUGCCAAGCGAUUGAAUAUUAUAUCCGAUGAUUUUGAGCCACAUUUAGAUGAUGGUACUAAAGUUUCCACAGAAGAGUAUUUUCAACGCUUACCGCCACAAACAUGCUUCACAUUUCGCGCUCCUUAUAAAGAAAAACUUGAAAUGGGUAGGUUUAAUUAAAGCUGCUGAGGUUUGAUGCAGGUAUGACGACCAAGCGUUGCAGCGCGAGGUGAACUGGAACUGGCAUUGUAUUUAAUAUUCAUUGUAUAUAACUGCAGACCAGUAAAUUUAUUAAGUAUUUAUAAAGCAAUUAUCUAUGUUAAAUUAAAAAUUGAACUGAAUUUUUUACAACUAGAUCUAUUUCUACACAUGUUUUCUCAAAAUUAAACUUGUUAAUUUUUUUCUGUGAAAGACUUUGUACAGCUCCAAAUACUCACCCAAAGAAUUUUCAAGAAACUUGCUGAAGGCCAAUGCAACAUAUCAGAAAAAGUGAAGCAGUUUUUGAGUGGAGAGAAUUCUGAAGUUGUGAACAGAGCAUUGCUAGAUUACAUCUCUUCACUUGAUGCAAAAAUACAGCUUGAAACUCGACAAGAAGAUAGUGAUUGGUUUAAUGGAUUGCCUGAGAAAUAUGAGACUAAAGAAGAUGUCAUGAAAGAUGGUGCCAAGACAAGGAUUAGAAAUUACUAUCAAAAAACAAGGGAAUAUGUGUUAGAACAGGUUAAGUAUUUGCAUUAAAAUGAUUUUAAAGCAUUUUGAGUAACAACAUAAAAUGAGUUAAAUGACUAGAGCUUCCUGAUUAAAAAUUUUAUUUGAAAUAUUUUCAGAGUUCUGGUCAACAUAUCCUUUCACUUUUGGAUGUUUUGCGUCAAGAGUUACGUUUAAAUGAUUACAAUGGUGAAUAUUUUGCUCGUUCUGCUAUUAAGAAAGAUGUUCAAAUCUGUGAUAAGCUUGGCUGGUUUAAGUGUGAAGGAAAAUUUGAUAAAAAAUUGUGUGCAGAAAGUCAUUCUAUCAAUCCAUAUGGAUCCAAAGAAGCUAGGAUUGUUUUUAGUACUUGGAAUCUAGAUCAUGUGUAAGUAUGUAAUUCUUGUUGAACUCAAUGCUAAUUGGUUGGGAACAAUUAAUAUAGGUUUCUAAAUGCAUGAUCAGCAGUGACUAUCAGGUUUGAAGUUAUUUGGAUUUAUUAACUUCAUCACAGAUUAAAACUCAUAUAUAGUUAUAUAAAAUACAAGAGUAGUACAUAAAAAAGGUAGCAAGGAUGCUGCAACAGUGGAUAGCCAAUGACUGUGGGCGCUUCAUACUGUGUUUAGUGACAGAAAAUUAGCAACAACACAUGAUAGGAGAUACCACACUACAUAAACAAUUACACUUCACACAGAUUGUUUUAAAAGGACAUGGAUGCGCAUUAUAUCCCAAGAUCCAAGUAGUUUGCGCAUUGCACACAGAAUUUAAAUAGUUGGUAGUAAUAAACACACACUAAAUUGAAAUUGAUCAUGAUACAGCAUUGCAAAUACCAACCUUGGAAGAAAUUACUCUCUAUAUAGUGUCUUUCAAAAUAUAACAUCUAUUUAUUCCAUAAUCUUCAGGACUUGCCUACAUUUUGAAGCACUUUCCUUUCUAUCAGAAAUUUCAAUUGUUAAACUGAUCUGUCUGUGAUGAUAGUGGCAUUAACAUUUUUCCAUCCUUGUAGCAUUGAAAAAUCCAGAGAAGUUUUACCAACGUUAGCUGAAGUAGCGAAAAAAUGUCCAAAAGGCAGUGAAGUAAACUGGCCAUAUUUUUAUGAUCUUUUGUUCACGAAGAAAAACUUGAAAUUGGUUCACGUUGCAUGUCAUGUGAAAGGAGUUCAUACUGGCAAGAAAUGUGAUAAAAGGCAGUUUUAUAAAGCAAAGAAAAAAGGGAAACCUCCUAAAGUUUCUACUCAAAGCAGACGGAAGUUGCGAAGUCGAUGAAAGGAGUUUUAGAAACAUGUAUAUUUUAGAGAAUUUUAAAAAUAAAUUAUUUUUACUUGGAAGAAAGAGACAAAUUAUAUUGUACAAACAAGAAUUAAACUAGGUUUACACAAAUCACAAUACGAAAGAAUAUUUACAUGCAGUAUCUGCAAUGCCAAUGGUGUAUAAUCUACCAUCAAGAAAAAAAAAUCUAAUCCACACUCAUCAAAUUAUUGUAUUAGAUUAUCCAGUUAAAUCUUUGUUAAAACAGCAUUUGAUGAACAGAAGUUCAGUUUUAACCUUUCCAUGUCAACGUCGGCUGUUUUAAUCAUCUUCAUCAGCUAUUACUUCCAUCGUGUUGUCC